CUCUCUCUCUCUCUCUCUCUCUCUCUCUCUCUCUCUGUGUUUUGAUUCUCCAACUUUGAAGACCAGAGAUGGGGAAGCAGACCAAAUCCAAGUCCAGAAAACCAGAAAGCUAUGGUAAAGGGAAAGUCACUCCAGUCCAAAUCGCUUUUAUCGUGGACCAAUAUCUCUCCGACAACAACUUUUCUCAAACUCGCUCCACUUUUCGCACCGAAGCCUCCGAUCUCAUCUCUAAAUCUCGAGUUCAAGAGGCGCCGAAGAGUUUGUUGACUUUGGGGGCAAUUUUGGAUGAGUACAUAUGUUUGAAGGAGCAAAAAGUGACGUUGGAUCAAGAAAAGUACUGUUUGGAGAAGGAGAAAAUUCGGGUUCAGACGCUGUUGCGGGGAAUGCAAGAUGUAAUGAACGGUUACAAUGCCGGUGGAAGCGCCACCCCUCCUCCGCCGCCCAUGGUUUCAUCAGUCGCUGCUCCUCAGAUAGACUUACCAAUUAAGUCCCCCGCCGAUUAUCCUGUGUACAACACCCCAAUAAUGAUGCCAUCAUCCAAUCCCUCCAACACUCAAAUGGAUGCAUCAAAUUUCUCGACACCUAUUACAAAUCAUCCAACUGCAAAAAGAAGAAAGAGUCCAAAAGAUGUUCCGGAUAUCCCUUCAACUGCAAAGAGAUUGUGUAGUCACUUACCCUCCAAUCAGCUGCCAAUCAAAGGUAAUAGUACUUGUUCACAAUCAAGCAAUGCAGUGACUAACCCAAAAAAUGGCCUGCAGUUCUCUGCAGUUCCAUCAUCACCUCAUGAUAUGGUGCUUAAUGGGUCACCACCAACUAAUUUCCCUGUUCCUAAGACACCUCUCCGAGCGAAUUCCUCAGCCAAUAAAUCUGCUUCUCCACUGGAAACUUCUUCAGCUGUUACUUCUGAUAACGAUGUUUCUCCACAGCAAAAGACUUCUGCUAAUUGCAUUGUGAUUUCCUCAGAGACAAUUAGAGUGAGCCCUGUCAAACAGCUAACCUACUAUUCAAUAGAGAGAAACCACUGCUUUUCUUCUUCCUCGCCCGUCAAGACAAACUUGAAUAGGCUUAACAAGAGGGAUCAUGUAAAGGGAAGGCUAGAUUUUGAUGGUUCUGACAACUCAUGGAAACCAAUUCCUGAUGGGAUUUCAUUAUCUGAUUCUAACAAGGAAGGAGAGAUUUUUGACUUGGAUUUGCCUAAUUUGGAUGCUUUUGGUAUUGAUUUCUCCCUCAGUGAAUUGUUGGUUGAUUUUGAUCUCGGCGGGGAAUUUUCUUGCUCAUCACUGUUGGAUUCUUCUCCAAACUCCCAUUCUGGGUCACCACAUGAACCAUGGAAUGUUGAUUUGGGGGCUAAUCAAGUUUUGUCCGAGCUUUCAUCAACUGUGACAGAAAUUUUUUCAGAGGAAGACACAAAUGUACAAGGCCCAGAAUCUGUGACUUCUGUAAAAUCCACAACAAAAUGCAUUCAGAUUUUAAGUCCUGUGAAAAAUCAUAGAAGCUCCUCUUUGGAUCAGGAGAAUUUGUCUGCAAAAAGUUGACUGGUUUAACUAUAAAGAUGACUCUUACAUGGCACCAGUACAUUACUAAACAUGUGUACGAGCCAAUAUUGGUUUUAGUCUAGCGUUAAAUUAGCGGUUCUUUUAUUUGCACAUAAAUUGAUUAUAGAACUGGACAUAAUUCAUAAUUCUCUCACAUAGGUGUGAAACUUAUAAAUAGGUGAGACUCGUCUCAUGUGAGUGUAUUAUGUUCAAUUUUGUAAUUGGUCUUUACGUUCUAGGUUUUUUCUUAAAUUAAUUCCCUUACAGUACUAAAAAUGUCCUUUUUUAUAACCUACGACUGGAAAACUGAUGAAGAUCUUGAAGAAUACAAAGUUGUAAGCAUUCUGAUGUAUUGACAAUUUUUUUGGAAUACAUAAUGCUGAUUUUAUAUUGGA